AUGUCCGACGACCAUUCCGUGCUGGCAACGCAUACCGCGGACCCCAGCACAACCUCGCAACCUCUCUCCACCCCGCCAACCUCAUACACAUACUACCAUGCCGGCCCACUGUUCACGAUCGCGGAACUACACACCAACGCACUCCUGGCCCAAGCAAUCCAAUCCGCCUCCUCCGGCAAAUUCAUCCCCAUACUGCCUCAAGACCUGGAACAACGCGACCUCUCCGCCCACGCCAUCAGGGACGAGGACCUCCGCGCCCUCCUCUCCUGCGACCUCGCCCUCUUCACGUACGAUGGCACCGAACUCGACGCAGGCACCGUCGUGGAAUACAUGGUUGCGAAGAUGGCGGACGUGCCCUCCGUGAUUCUGAGGACCGAUUUUCGGGGCGCGGGCGACCAAGGCCAAACCGGGACCGAGACGGGCGAUGCCUGGAAUCUGAUGAGUUCGAAUUGGCCGCGCACCGUGACGCUCAGCGUCAAUUCCAUGGUCGGGUAUAAAUCGAGUCUGCAACGGGCCAUGGGGGUCGCGAAUCAAGGUCGGGCUUUAGGUGAAGCUGAGCAGAAGAGGACCAUCGGAGAGAGUAUGAUUGCCGAGGUGGCGCAGAAGGUGGUGGAUGGGUUCGAGAGGGUCGUCAAGGAGAAGCCCCGGCUGCCGAAGGAGUUGAGGCGGAGCGUUUACCAGUGGUUGGCACUCAUGCCGGGAUUUAAGAAUGAGGAUGGCGGAGGGGACGGAUUGAGUGUUGAGGCGUUCGCGAAAUUGAGCGACGACAAGGCGACCAAGGGGCUGUUGUGA